CCCUUAUCGGAUGGUAUAGAUAAGGACAGGUUAAUAAAUCCCAGAGCUUGGGAAAGCAGAUAACAGAAAGCCAGAGAACUUAACUCAAGCAGAUUGACUAUCACCUGCUGGUAAAAUGAAGACACUCAUCGUGACUUUGAUGCUGUUUCUCUUGAAAGGAUGGGAGGUCCAUGCUCUUCCUGUGCAGUCGGAGGAACCUGAAUCACAACCUUGGAUUGAACUGUUCAAACCACUGAUGCAUAUUUCUAAUGGAAGUGUCAAUCUUCCCAACAAUGCAACAGAAAUUCUCCAGCAGAGGUUUGAAGCUCUUGGAAGUCAAAUGGAGGAACAGCUGUUCAAGCUCAAGGACAUGAUGGCCUCUGUGUUUACACAUCUCAACGCAGAAGCCCAUGGCCUCCCCAAAAGUCCUGCAUCGUCCAUCAUCCAACAACUGGAAGCAUUUAAGGCCAACAUUAGCCAAUGGGCAGUUGGUGCCGUACCCACUAAUACAAGUGCAAUUAUCCCAGACAAUGUUCAAGAAGACUUUAAUCAGAAGUUGGAGGAAUUACAACGGAUUUUCAUCCCUUUAAUUAGCACAGUCCAGGGAAAAUUCAUAGAAGGAGUUGCAAACCUCCGAGAAUCCAUUACGCCUGGAAUUCGUGAAAUCAAAGAACUUAUCACAGAAUCAGAAUCUGCAAUAAAAGAGAUAGAAAGGUCUUAAAUUUGUCUGCCAGAUUCCCAUAGCACCAAGAGUAAUUGGGGAGAGAAGUUAUUAAAUUAAAUUUCAAGGCAAUUACAAUGUUAAUAGAAUAAACCUUUUGUAUCAUCCUCCCAUUUUCUACCAAUGCUGACAUUGUAUUUACACAGCUGGUCAGUCAGCAUCUACUGUACACCCAGGCAAACGGCAGGCUCAAUCUACCUCCCGUAAUAACAUCCACACAGCUGUACAUUCUAGAUGCUCUAUGUGCCACGAUAGACAAGCACAAACUGUUUGUGUCCACUCGUUAUCUCCUUGUUCCACAGCCAACAAUGGACCAUUGUGGGUUCCACCCUUCCUUGAUCCCCCUUGCUGGCUUUGAUUUGUUCUUUUCAUUCUUUCUUUGUACCUUUUCAUACCUCCAGUUUCACCCAACCAUCCCUGACCCAGUCUGAAGAAGGGUCUCCACCAGAAACGCCACCUUUUCCAAGUCUCCAGAGUUGCUGCCUGACCUGCUGAGUUCCUCCAGCAUUUUGUGUCCAUCUUCAGCAUCAGAGACAUCUUGCUCUUAAAUUAACAAGUCAAACACAUUCCCCUUUGUGACUGUGCCCCUGGUUAUUUCCAGGUGUUUAUUGAGGCAUUGUUGCCCCAACACGCAACAUCCACUUGAGUUUGCAACAUCCACAAUUGGAAUAAAAUUGUACCUUAUGCCCCUGUCCCACUUAGGAAACCUGAACGGAAACCUCUGGAGACUUUGCACCCCACCCAAGGUUUCCGUGCAGCUCCCGGAGGUUGCAGGUGGUUGCCGGAGGUUGCAGGUAGUGGAAGCAGGUACGGAGACUGACAAAAACCUCCGGGAAUCUCCGGGAACCGCGCGGAAACCUUGGGUGGGGCGCAAAGUCUCCAGAGGUUUCCGUUCAGGUUGCCUAAGUGGGACAGGGGCAUUACAAACAGAUGCUGCCUGACCUGCGGAGUUACUACAGCAUUUUGUGUCUAUCUACGGGAGAAUGGCAGAUGGAAACAGGGGAUUCCCAACCACAUUCCCAGUAAGGCCAUGGCCAUUUUCAUUGGGGUCUGGAUGAAAAGCAGCUUGGGGCAGGAUAUGCCAAUGUGGGCUAAUGGCCUUACGUUUAUCAGACGUUUAUCGUGAUCUGUGUAUGAACACGGACUGUUUGUGGCCUCCUUGGUGGCACCAACUAUACACUGGAUAGUAAAAGCUCUUAAAGGGAGCAAGACUGAGUCAGAGGAAACUAGAGGCAUGAAAAGGUGCAAGGUAUGAAAAGAACAAAUCAAAGCCAGCAAUGAUGAUCAAGGAAAGGUGGGGCAAGCAGAGGCCCAAACAAUUAGAUCGUUAGAGAGACACAAAAAGCUGGAGUAGCUCAGCACCUUUGGAGAGAAGGAAUGGGUCGAGUCGAGACCGAGAUAAGGGAAACAAGAGAUAGAGACGAUAAUGGGGGCAGAUUAAGAACAAUUAAGGAAAGAUAUGCAAAAAAUGAUGAAACGGGUCACUGUUAGCUGUUUGUUGGGUGAAAACGAGAAGUUGGUGCGAUUGGAGUGGGGGAGGGAUAGAGAGCGAGGGGGUGUCGGGGUUAAUCGUUAGCUUUUAGUGGGAGAUUUUUGUCGGGACUGGAGGAUUGAGAACGUGCAGCUUGUCUCCACUGACCGACCUGCAACUCUUGAGAGAGUCGUUUGGCCAUCUACGCCUGAGGAGCAGAAGGAGGAAGGGAGGAGAAAUCAGAGAACGAGCAAGGAAGGAGAGAAGAGAGGGGGAAAUACAGAUUUGGAGAGAUAGCACAGGGUAGUGUAAGAGGGGAAAUACGAGGAAAACUGAAAUGGAGAGUAAGGGAGAAAUAGAUAGAAGAAAACGUUACACUCUGAGACAGGAAAUAAUUUAUAAAUACAGCAAUGAAAUAUGUAAUUGUUCAGAUUAGAAGUCUUUUCAGCCUCGGGAAUAAAGUUGGUUUUCUAAAAUCAGCAAAACCUGACCAAAAUUAGAUGAACAAAAAUCGAUAAAAGGGGGCUGUAAUCUUAUUCUCUGCACCUCCUCCGACCUUAUCCAAUCUACAGAAAUAUCAAUAAUUCAUUCACUGGGGUUAAAUAAAUGUUUGAAGUAAACUUAGUUAAUUAAUGCUACUACUAAUAUAACUAAUAGUAUCAAUAUUUCUUUUUCUCUAAUGAUGUGCAACCCUUUGGAAUUAUUGGUUCCAUUUCAUUUUUGGAAUCAAUUUUGGUGGCAAUGUUGAAUUAAUUGUAAAUGAAUGUAUGAAUUAAUGUGCACAGAAUCAAGAUGAUAUAGACGCUUGAAAUAAAAUGGCAGCAUUA